AUGGCAACACCAACAGAUAAAGAGCAAUAUAGAUCACUUCUAAACGAGACACACUCUAAUUCCUCCGAGCUCGAUACACUUCAUCCCCGGGUCAAGUUGCGAGUAUGCCACUCUUCGAUCCCUUACAUUCCUGCCAUUUUAUCAUUGCUCCUAGGAAUCACCCUCGCCACUAUCUGCUCAACCAACCUGGGCCGACUAGACGCGCUCCUCCAGCAAGUCCAAGCACAACCUCAACCACUCGCGACCACUGCACCACCGACCCCCGGUGGGAAAACCAAUCCAACGGGCGCCGAAUUCGGCCACUGCGGAAAUUCGAUCAAAGAAGCCCGAUCGCUCGGCUGCAUCUUCGACCCAAUGUCCUGGGCAUGGCAACGACCCGAGUGCUAUAAUGCCAGAUUAGUAGACGACUUCCUCACCAGCUACGAAUGGCACUUCUACCCGAACAAUCAGACGCGGAGCGCGGAGGAGCUCCCGGAGGAGAAGUGGAAGCGGGGCGAUUACCUCGGCGCCUGGGGCUCGUGGUCCUGGCAUAUGUAUCAUUGUUCAUACUCGUGGCGGAAAUUCCAUGCUGCUUUUCAAAGUCAGAAGCCCUUGGAUGAUGAUGUUCUCGAUCCCGAGCAUACGGUCCAUUGCUCGACGGCAAUUCUCUUGCGGGAUACUGAUCCCAAGCUUCAUGCCCCUUGUGAAGAGGAUCCGGGGGGUUGUCAGGUUACGCAGAUGUGGGUGAGGUUUAAUAAGUGCGGAUAUUAUUGA